CGCCUCAACCUCCUCCACACUGUUACUGUUAGGUAACAUAAGCCUGUUUUCCAUCGUAAGGACAACCUAGGCAUUUAACAGUGAGUCGAUGACGUAUUUCGUGGUUUAAGUCAACAAAACCUCCCCUUUGUUCAUCUGUUCCCAUAAGAAAGUCCCCUGUAUUUUUUGUUUGUCGAUGUGCAGUGAUCCGUUUCUCUAGGCUUUGUCUCCCGCGCGGUACCCGGUACCCUUUCUCCGUGUGUGGACAUAGUGAGCAAAACAGCAGAGCAGCUGACUGACGAAAAAAACUGGUCAGAUUGAUUCGAGAAAAAGUUGUCUGGACAGCCCUACAAGAAUUAAGCUGCUCAAGGACUGCAUAUCAUGCAUCGGUUAUAACUCGGACAAUCAUUUGAAAGUUACCAAUAUGGCUGACAUCAAAGUGUUAUUGAGAUAUUUUGCCGUUCUCCUUGCCGUGUAUCCAUCAGUGCAUAGUGAGUGUGAUGGCAUGCAGUAUGAAUGUGUAAUGUCUAGGACUUGUAUCGAAUCAUCCAGAAGAUGUGACGGAGUAGCUGACUGUCCUGGAGCUGAUGAUGAACUCAGUUGUUCGAUUCGAACACCUUGCCGUGCGGAUUAUGAGCAUUGCCCUGGGUUACAAAACAACCUCUGCAUUGACCCCUCCUGGCGAUGCGAUAGCAAAGAUGAUUGCGAAGACAAUUCAGAUGAAGAUGCAAACUUUUGUGCCACUACUGCGUGUCCUUCCUCAUUUGUUUCUUGUGUAUCUGAUAAGAAAUGCAUCCCUGGUGAUAAAUUUUGUGAUGGCCAGAAUGACUGCGCUGAUAGAACUGAUGAACCAGCAGAAUGCACAGAUGGUACAUCUACCUGGCAAUGUCCUGAUCUUCACUUUAAAUGCAAUAACAGUCGGUGCAUCUCAGAUCUCAAGGUGUGUGAUGGGGUCGAUGAUUGUACAGAUGGAUCAGAUGAAAGCAUGGACUGCAGUGAUCACGUUUGUAGGUCGGGUUACUUUACCUGUCCUGUGAAGCGUUUCAACGGGGAGAGAUGUAUACCAACCAACCAAGUAUGCGAUGGUGUAGCUCAGUGUGAAUACGCUGAAGAUGAAGAUGAUGAUACAUGCAUGGGAACAAAUGACAUUCCAUGCAGUGGAAAUGAAUUCACCUGUGCCAAUGACCUGUGCAUCCUAAUGAUGUAUGAAUGUGAUCACUACAAUGACUGUGGUGAUUCAUCAGAUGAACAUGAUGCCUGUGACUAUCCUGAAUGUUCAACAGUCACUCAGUUCAAGUGUGGUAAUGGAGUGUGUGUAUCAGUCAGUCAGAGAUGUGACGGGAACAAUGAUUGCAGAGAUGGUUCUGAUGAGAGUGAUUGCCCCAGCUGUAAUGAUAACCAGUUCACAUGUGAAAAUGGUCAAUGUGUGGCUAUUAGCCAGGUGUGUGAUGGCUCUGUACACUGUGAAGAUGGUUCAGAUGAAAGAUUCUGUGGCAUAGAUGAAUGCAUGAUGAACAGACCAUGUUCGGAUACCUGUGUUGAUACACUAACAAGCUUUAAGUGCAUGUGUAACAAGGGAUUUGUCUUAGCUUCAGACAGAGUCACUUGUAUCGAUUUUGAUGAGUGUACGAUGACGCCAAUAUGUAGUCAAGUCUGUGUCAACACACCAGGCUCAUACAUAUGUAGCUGUACUACAGGAUAUCAACUGCAGUCGAAUGGAUCUUGUAUGAGAACGACUGGUGAGGACCCUACAGUGUUGAUUGCAAAUCGCUAUUACGUCAGACAAUUUGACACAGAAACGCCCUCUGAUGUCAACAACAUCGUGGCCCAAGACUUUGAGUUCGCUGUUGCACUCGACUACGAUAUAGUAGAUAACAAGUUGUUUGUAUCCGAUGUUGUUGCUAACACUAUCGUCCGGAUGGAUAUGAAUGCUCAGAACAGAGAGGUGAUCAUCGAUGAUGAUGCUGGUAGCGUGGAGGGCAUUGCUGUUGACUGGGUUGGAAGGAAAAUUUAUUUUUCAGAUCGUCCUAGGAGAAUCUUAGAAGUAGCUGAGAUGAAUGGUAGUAGCCGCCGAGUUUUGAAAAGAACCAAUCUAUUUGAGGUCAGAGCAGUGGCAGUAGACCCUAAACAUGGGAAUAUGUAUUGGACUGACUGGGGACUGAGAGCCUACAUUGGACGUAUGGGAAUGGAUGGCACUAACCCCAUUGAGAUACACAAUGAAAACAUCGCUUGGCCCAAUGGAAUCACUGUAGACUACACAGCAGAUAGGAUUUACUGGACGGAUGCACAUCUUGAUCACAUUUCGUUUGCUGAUCUGGAAGGGAACAAUAUUCAUGAGCUAGCCAACGAUGAUUCCGUCCACCGUAUCGCCCAUCCAUUCAGUAUAGCAGUCUUUGACGAAUGGGUAUACUGGACAGAAUGGAACAUCAAAAAGGUUUACCGUGCUCACAAGCUGACAGGACUAAGCGAGAUGGAACUGGUCACUACGAUCCAUCGUCCAUUUGAUAUCAAUAUCUAUCAUUCCCUGAAACAAGACACCACCCUUCAGAAUCCCUGUGGAACUAACAACGGAGGAUGCAGCCACCUGUGUGUGAUUGCAGCAGGAGGGAACGACUUCACCUGUCUCUGCCCUGACAACUAUGUCCUGGAGAAUGGGGUCUGUGUAGAGAGAUGCUCUGAUCGUCAGUUCCACUGCUCAGCUGAUGCAGACUGCAUCCCAUGGUACUAUGAGUGUAAUGGAUACAAUGAUUGCUCCGAUGGGGAGGACGAGAGGGAUUGUGGUCAAGUUGAGAGAGUAUGUGAUCCCUCUGUAUUCCAGUGUGAUGGUAAUGACCGCUGCAUUCCUAUUCCUUGGCUAUGUGAUGGGGAUAAUGACUGCCAAGAUGUUACAAUAUCAGAUGAAUCACAUUGCUCUACCAAUGUGUGCGAAGAUUGGGAAUUCAAAUGCAACAGCGGGAAGUGCAUCCCACGUAGAGAGGUGUGUGAUAGAGAUGAUGACUGCCCAGGUGGAGAUGAUGAAGAAGAAGUAAUGUGUACACACCCCAACAGAACGUGUGAAGUGGGUUACUUUUCCUGCGCCAAUGGUUUCUGUGUCCCUGAUGCCUGGGUAUGUGAUCUAGAUAAUGAUUGCGGAGACAUGUCUGACGAACCCUCUCAUUUAUGCUACCAAUCUACAUGCGCACCUGGGUGGUUUUCCUGCGCUGAUUCCUAUCGCUGUAUCCCAAGUUACGUGAGAUGUAACGGCUUCCUGGAUUGCAGGGGUGAAGAUGACAGUGAUGAAGAAGGCUGUCCUGAAGUGACCUGUGACCCCAUUGGAGAUUUCCGAUGUGAUAACCACAAGUGUAUUCCCAAACGAUGGGAGUGUGAUUUUAACAAUGACUGUGGAGACAGAUCAGAUGAAUAUGAGGGCUGUGUAUAUCGUGAUUGUAGUGAGAGUGAGUUCCGCUGUGGGAAUGAGCGUUGCAUCCAAGGCAGGAAGGUGUGUGAUGGAACCGUUGAUUGCCCUGGAGGUCUUGAUGAAGAUGAUUGCAAUGAUGUGAAUUGCCCAAAUGGUUACAGAGCCUGUGCCUUUGGAACCUGCAUCAACGCGACCCUCUUCUGUAAUGGCAUCCGCAAUUGCUUCGAUGGGUCCGACGAAAGUGGCUGUGCAACAACUAAUCCAGGAUGUGAGAUAGGCGAGUUCCGAUGUACCAACAAUCGUUGCAUCCCAGAAGAGUUUAAAUGUGAUGGAGGUAAUGAAUGCGGUGAUGGAAGUGAUGAAUCCAGAGAAGCAUGUCUUACCAGCCAAUGUGACACCAGUCAAGGAGAGCGAUUCAGGUGUCCUUCGUCUGGGCUGUGCAUCUGGGUUGAUCAGCUAUGUGAUGGGUACAACAACUGUGGAGAUUCAGAUCUGAGUGAUGAACAGCGAUGCUCAACAACAGCUUGUACGGCGGACAGCUUCCGAUGUUCAGGUGGUGAUUGUGUCCCAUUUUCUGCUCUUUGUAAUGGCAACAAUGACUGCACUGAUAAUUAUGAUGAAUUAGGAUGUGAUAAAGAAGCUACCUGCUCGGUAAACAAUGGUGAUUGUGAGCAUAUUUGCACACCAAUCAGCUCAGCGGGUGCCAUCUUGUGCCAGUGUAGGCAAGGUUAUGUCUUAGCGGAAGAUGGGCAUAACUGCGUGGAUGUGAAUGAGUGUCUUGGUUUUGACUGCAUCCAAACCUGCUCCAACUCUAAGGGUACUUUCCGUUGCUCCUGCUCAGAGGGCUACACUGGACAGAACAACAGCUGUUUUGCUAACGGAGCAACAGAGUAUUUGAUAAUAUCUGAUGGGCAGUCUAUCAUCCGUCAUGUGGAUGGAGGUAGAGACACGAUCGUGGAUCACCAAAGCAGAAUUGAAGGCCUGGACUAUAUGUUUGAAACAAAUACUCUGUACUUCACAGAUAGUGAAUCGCGUUCUAUCAAACGACACUCUUUACUGUAUAACAGUGAUAUAGCUCCUGAGAAUCUGGCUGUUGAUAAUGUAUAUCUGCCUGUUGAUAUCUCAGUAGAUUGGAUAGGAAGGAACAUCUAUUUCACUGAUCAGGGAGUAACGCAAUCCUCAAGAUCCAAACGUCAAUCUGAUCAGAUAGUAGCCGAUCCAUACCCUAAGAUUGCCGUAGCUGAUCUAGAGGGUUUACAUGAGAGAACUCUCACCAAGGAGAAUGUAGAGAAACCAACCUCUGUUGCUGUCAAUCCAAGAAGAGGGUAUAUCUACUGGGCCGACAUGAGUUCUCGUGUGGGCAAUGCUUUCAUUGCUAUGGCGUACAUGAAUGGAGAGAACUCUGAGAAGGUCAUCACUGACGGUCUAAUCCAGCCACGUGGACUGACCGUUGACUUCAGCAAUGACGAUCGUGUGUUCUGGGUUGACUUUAAGCUCAAUAUCCUACAAGGGAUGCUCUUUGAUGGGUCCAACAGGAAAACUCUCAUGAGUGGAGAUCUGAGUGGUGAUUUACAUGCCCUGUAUAAUCCAUUCCACCUAGAAGUGUUUGAAGACCAGUUCUACUGGACAGCUAGCUCGAGCGGAGAGGUCAGAAAGGCCAAUCGAUUAAACCCAUCUAAGAAUCUGACCGAGGUCAGUCGCUUGACCAACCCUGGUGGACUCAAGAUGUUCCAGGUCAAUCGAUAUCCUCAAAACAUUGACAAUCCUUGUUCAGGUAAAAACUGCAGAGAUCUGUGUCUUCUACACCCCAGUCUAUCAGGGAAGGGCAUAGAAGCAUCAUGUGAUGAAGGUUGCAAUUGUGAGAAUGGAGGUACAUGUCUAAGUGAUGGUAGCUGCAGGUGCCCCAAUGGCCUGGGUGGUGAAUUCUGCACAAGUCCUGCCAAACAAACCAAAUCCCAGGUGCCUCUCCUUGCCGGUGUAUCAUCGACCUUGGUUAUCAUCAUCAUUGUCCUGGUGCUUCUACUGCUCCUCUAUGCUUACAAACGCAAAACAAAGUCCAAGCGAGAAACUACUGGGGGAGAAGUAUCGUACAACAAUGGCAAUACCAAUGUACAGCUAAAUGCCAACAGCUUCCCUAGUAAUAUACCCACUGCAUCCAAUCCUGUUUAUGAUAAUACUUUCAACCCUGGACCCACUACCUAUGAUAACCGUGGCUUUGUACCUCCAAUGGGAGCAGCCGGAGGCCCAGCUCACCCCGGACCUCAGAAGACUGGUCUACCAGGGGAUGAAGACCUGGAAGCAGGUGCUCUACCGGACAAAGAAUUCAGCGAUGCCGAGAAACUAGCCAUGUAUAGCAGUAUGUAUCCCAACCAACCAAACUACUACGUGGGUAUGCCCCCUCCAUCCAUGCCCCAUGCCCACAUGCCUGAACCUCCCCCGGCCUACAGGGCUGAGGCAGGGCACGGAGAGAGGGUGGAUGAUGUACACCUCGAUGCUCCAACCUCAGGCAAUGAUGAACGGGGUCUGGUAGAUAAUGAAGGUCAAGACUAACUGAUGACAUCAACGAUGUACUGCACACAAUUCAUAUCAAUGUUGCUCAAUUUACUCAAGCAUCAUUCAAAAUAGUAACAUUUCUACAUUCUAAUUUAGGUAUAUUAGGCUGAAAAUGUUGAAAUGACUUCUGUUUAAUUGCACUAUGAUAGGCCCAUAUCACAGGCUGAACUAGCAUGCAAAGAGUUAAGUUUGUGAGUGAGCAGGAGUUGUAAAUGCUUACUUGAAUCAAGGGUCCAUGUAUUAGUGAUAAACCACUUGUAAUCACCCCUGUACUAUCUUUGAAAACUUUUCUAGAAAUAUUAUACAAGUAUCCUAUUUCUUAACUUAGGUACUUAAAUAGUUCUUUGUGUGAUAGAUCAGUAGUGCCUUAAACAACAUGUACCUUGGCUUGAUUAUGUACUAUCAUGUAUGUUCAGUACUGCCUUUUUCAUGAUAAGGCACAGUCCUUUUUUAUUCAUUUAAAUUGUCAUCCUAAUGUCCUGCUUAUCCACUACAUUUUAUUGUUUUGGUAUAUUUUUCAUGGAAACAUAAAUGUAGCCAAUUAGUGCUUGGAUUUUACUUUCUAAGUUUAACAUUUCCAGCAUGUAAUGUACAUUACAUCAUAAAGACAGUGCACAGUUGAGUUAUGUAUGCAUAUCUAUGCACAUUCUGCCGUCAGUACUGCUCAAAAAUGCUUUAUAAAAAAUUGUAUUCCUUAUCUUAUUCAUUCAGUACCAAGAAGGAUGGUUUAAAACAGAUCUAGGCUCAUAUUGUUUGUUCAGAGCAAGAAAAGCACUUACUGUGUGAUUCAAUGCCCUUCUGGCACCAAACAGACGAUAUACAUGUAUGGUACUAGGUAAUGAUGUCGAUAAACGCUUGUGAAUGUUGUGGCAGGCACUAUCAAUCAAAUUAUCAAAUAUUCUGUAUGUAUUUUUAAAGGAGAUUUUAGCCUUGUAGAUAUAUAUUCUAAAAAGAAUAAGACAGAAAUUUUUGAAUUGAAAUUGUAUAUAUGACUAGAUGAGUACCUUGUUUGUUACAAGACUGUUUUGGAAAUUGAAUGCUCAAAAGAAGACAGAUGUAUUCUUUCUUUAUUUUAAUCUGAGCAGUUGCAUCCAACAUUUUUGACGAUGCAGAUUUUUACUUGAAUAGGGUCACUGUGUCUUCAGUUGUCAAAUUGAUUCUUUAGUACCAAAAAUGAUAAUUCCAUUAAAUCAGCAAAGGAAGACAGUAUUUGUAUAUUUUGCUUACUAAUAGAUAUGUAUUUUUGUAAUUUCCAUUAUAGAAUGAAUUCUUUUCUAAUAAUUCUGUCUUAUGGUACAUGUCAUGAUUUAUGUCAAGUACUAUGUAUUUCUUAUUGAUUUUGAAUUUGAUCAAUCAACAGUUCUCACUGAUCUCUCAUUUGAAUGCUAUGUUAAAUAGAUGAGUACAAUAAUUCACUGAUUUAUUGUUGACCUAUCAAGAGUUGUUAUAUUCUUAAUAUACUUUCAAUGUAACAUGCUGAAAAUUCAAGGUUCGCUUCAGAUAAUCAGUCUAUUCGCUGUGGUGUUGAUAAUGAUGGUUAUAUAACAAUGAAUAUAGGUUUUAGUCAAUAAACUGCCUUAGGUCUAAACAAAAAUCUUUGAAAAUACAAAUUUUCCAUGAAGAAAUAGGGUUGAUCUGUUAGACAGAUCAUCAUAAGACGACGGCCUGACAUAACAUAACUUUUCACUUUUUGUUUGCUAUAUAUAUCAGCAGUGUCUUUCAUCAGUUGUUAUAUCUUUCACUCGUGAACAUGUAUAUUGUAUUCUGAUUUCAUGUCAUAGUUCAUUCAACUUGGAAUGUAUAACAUUCUUUUUAGAAAUGUUAUGCAUAUAAUGCACUCAUUGUUGUAUUCAUCACAGUACUUUCACAAUGUCUAAAAAAUUCAGCUUGUUUGGUACAAUGCAUUCCAUUUGUAUUCACCAUUUAAAUAGUACUUACAAUGAAGUAUGGGACAUGUAAUCCAUUCCACUUGUAUUCACUAUGCUGAUACCACUUCUACUGAGUAGUGGCGUAUCCACAAACUAGUAACUAUAAGUCGUAGAGACACACUGCAAUUUUCUCUCUUUUUUUUGGGGGGGGGGGUGGAUUGUUGAGCAUUGUUGAGCACACACCAAUCCUAUUGGAUUACUAGAUGCACCAGUAAUAGAUUGCUUUAAUUGCUUCAGCUAGCUACAUACAUGUAUACGGUACAAUUUUUUUUCUCAAUCAGAAUUGUAAUCAAAAAAACAAAAAAAAAACAAAAAUCUGUUUUUAGAAUUGUAUUCAUGUUUGGAUAGAGUUUGAUAUGACUUGUAGAUUGUAUGCGACUACUUAUUCAAUCCUUACUCACUGAUGAGGAAAAAAUUGUCAGAUAUUUCACUGUUUAAACCAAAAGUGCCUAGUAUUCAACUGUUCUGAAGAAGACCAAACAUUGGUAAAAGCCUUGAACUUUUAUAAGCAAAAAUACUAAGAAUUUUAUUCUAUAUGCCAAUCUUUGAUUUUUGUGUUUACAUUAUGAUAUCAAUUAGGGAAAUAUUUUUAAAUGAAUUUACAAUUGAACAACGCACAGUUUUGUAAAAAACGAAAAUGAAAUUUCCAGGGUAAAUGUCUAUUUAAUAUAUAUAUAAACCUAAUUGUGCAUUUCACAGAUACAUUAAUAUAUACAUGUAUAUUUAUAUUCGGAGGAAAAUUGCUACAUAUAUGUGAAUUACAAAAGUUAACAUUCAAAUACAAUGUAUGUCAUUAAAACUCAAUUAAAAUGUGUGUGGUAUCUGUUUUUAAAUGACCAGAAUGAGCACAAAUUUAAGUUGUUGCUUGCUGCACAUGUUUCUUUUACAUUCUUUCUUUUCCAGUCUUUCACCAUCAUGUAUAUAUGAUAUCUAGCACAACCUGUAGAAGUUUCUAUAUGCUUAAGAUGCAUCAUUGCAAACAUGUGAAAAGUGUUCAGAGACUUUGAAAUCUCUAUGUAUAAUUGUUACUUACUGAUAUGCAAACAAACUUACUAGGUUAUAUAGUAAUAGUGACGAUUGAACCUAAUUUGUUUUAUUACAUGUUGUAUCAUGUGAUCAUUUCACAUUUUUGUUAAACUGAUUUAAUUUGUGCAUUGUAAACAAAAAGUGGUACAAUCUUUGGACUAUCAAAAUUUGUUUUAAAUAUAAUCGUAAGACCAUCUGCUUUAUUCUACAGUACCAAAGGAUAGUGUGUCUUUGACGGGAAAUAAGUCUUUUGCUUUGUGACAUUUGCUGUCUUUCAUUUUAAAAGAUGCAAUGUGAUUUGAAAUAUUGUAUUUGAAUUUUAAUAUUGUAUGAAUAACAAUGGAGGUAUUUGUGUGAAACAAAGAGGAAUUGAAAUGUAUAUUUCGCAUAGUUUUAACCAGCAUAUAAUCUUUACUUAAGAAUACAACUUGUUAGUUAUAACAUUAUUGUUGGCCUUCUCUAUCUAUUUCCGUAGUUCUUUCAGAUUAUGACGAAGAAAGGGUUGUAUGUGUGUGAAAGAUUUUUUAAUUAUUAUAAUCAUUUUUUUUUUGAGGAAUGGUGCAAUGUUACUAAUGGAAAGAAAGGUUAACUUUUUAGAAUCCAGCUGUUCAAACUUUCUCCUGCUGUAGAAAAGAAACAGAAAUGUGCCUAGAGGUAUGGCUGAAGUACAAUAUGUUAAUGUAAACUGAAAUUUAUGUAACUGUCUAUAUCAAUAUGGGACAUUUUAAGAGCUCUUAUUGCUAAUUUAGUAAGGCAUAUUCGUUAGUUUAUGAUUAAAAGGUUUUCCCUUGCAUUUGAAUGUAAUAACAAAGCUUAUGAAUGCAUUGAGUUGGAAGAUACCUCUCAUGUCUUACCAAAAUACCUUAUCUUCAAGUGAAGAAAGAGAGAGCGAAAGAAAUUAAUGAUUGUUGUCAAAUUCUGUAAUUAAAACAGGAUAAAAGGAGAGCAGGUGUGAAUCAUAGAUGAUCGGCAAGCUCUCAUGGCAGGUACAAAACUACAUUAUGCUCAUUAUACAUGAACAUGUAAUGGCAUAUCAAGAUUUCAAACCACUUUGGUAAGAGUUAUUAUUAUCAUUGAUCUGAGUGUCAGAUUGCAAUUUAUAGUGGAGAUAAAUGUAUCAAUUACACUUAUUUUGAAAGAAAAAAUAUACUCACGUUCUUUUAUGUAUUUGACUUGCUCAAAACAUUGUUUGAUUUGCAAAGUGCACAAGGUUUGGAUAGUCAUCAUAUCAAUUUAGUUUGUGAAGGAUUUUAAUUUCGUAUUUUUCUAUCUUCCACAUGUUUUGCCUGGAAGCAAAACAGAUUUCUUAUUGUCUUUAGAUAAGUACUACAAAAAAUUAGCUAUCAUAGAUAUCUGAAACUUGCUUAAUAUGUACUACAUGUACCUAUACUAUUGCGUGGAUUGAUUCCUAUAUAGCACUUUGCAGAUUUUAUUUCAAUUUGUUUUUUAUUUGCUUUUUAUUCCAAUUGAAUUUCCUGUGAUUUUUGUAUUGCUAUUUGUUAGAAUGAAAAUACUCUUUAAAAUUCCUUGUAAUGAAAUUAUUGCUUGUAGAUGAUUUUCUUUUCUUUUUGUAAUAAAACAGCUCUAAUUUUCAUGUAUGAAUCAGAAAUAAAGAGAUUUUAAGACGCAUAA